UUGGGGGCGCGGGUUUGGAAAUUAGGAUAUAAGGCUGAAAGGAGCUGCUGCUGACAGCCUUGACAGCCUCGUUUCCAGUUUUUUCUUUCUUUUUCUUUUUGUUGAUUCUGUCACUAAGGCUUUUUCCUUAGUUGUCUUUGCAAAGUGAGUGGCAUGGCCUCUCAGUGACUUCCCCGAGCGACCUGGAGGAUCAAAGCCAGGUGUGGUGGAGGCGAGGAAACAGCUUUCAAUUUAGCUAACACUCGGGAAACCAAGGACUGUCCUCCUCCUUUUGGAAUUUAACUCCGCAGGAUCGUCGCGAUUUCCUUGAGCACCUGAAGGUCCCGGGACUUUGUGGGUUGCUAUUCAUUGUGAAGAUACUGCACACUGUAAUUGGCACGGAAAAAAACGUUUCUCUUGGAGAACUGAAUACGAGAAAAAAAAAAUGCCUAUUUUUCCUAAAAUAUCUUUGAGGCCUGAGGUUGAAAACUAUCUUAAGGAGAACUUUAUGAAUGAGGAGGUUUUAGCUGUUUCAAGUAAACAAGAUGCACAAGGAAAAUUUGAAGCUCUGUUAAAUCACCUGUCACAUCCUCCAUCAUUCACAUCUGUCAGAGUAAAUACACAUUUAGCCUCAGUACAACAUGUAAAAAGUCUGUUAGUAGAUGAACUUAAGAAGCAGCUUAAUGGAUUAAUUGUUCCUGUUCUUCAACAUCCAGACCUUCAGGAUGUCUUACUUAUUCCUGUUAUUGGACCUAGAAAGAAUAUAAAAAGACAGCAGUAUGAAGCCAUCGUUGGAGCCCAAUGUGGUAAUGCAGUAUUAAGAGGAGCUCAUGUCUAUGUUCCAGGAAUCAUGUCAGCUUCAAAAUUUAUGAAAGCUGGAGAUGUUAUUUCUGUGUACUCCGAUAUUAAAGGGAAAUGUAAGAAAGGAGCCAAAGAAUUUGAUGGAACAAAAGUAUUUAUUGGAAAUGGGAUUUCUGAACUAAGCCGCAAAGAAAUCUUCAGUGGGCUACCUGAAAUGAAAGGUAUAGGCAUAAGAAUGACAGAACCAAUAUAUCUCAGCCCUUCAUUUGACAAUGUACUGCCCAGUUACUUAUUUUUACAGAAUUUGCCGUCUGCUGUAGUAACUCAUGUUUUAAAUCCUCAACCUGGAGAGAAGAUUCUAGAUUUGUGUGCAGCUCCUGGAGGCAAAACAACACAUAUAGCAACACUAAUGCAUGAUCAGGGAGAAGUAAUAGCACUGGACAAAAUAUCCAACAAAAUAGAAAAAAUCAAGCAGAAUGCUUCAUUAUUUGGAUUGAACUCCAUCAAGGCAUAUUGCUUUGAUGGAACAAAGGCACUUAAACUUGAUAUGAUUGAGAACACAGAAGGAGCACCUCCAUUCUUACCAGAAUCUUUUGACCGAAUUCUCCUUGAUGCACCCUGUAGUGGAAUGGGACAGAGACCAAACAUGGCUUGUACUUGGACUUUAAAGGAAAUAACAUCGUAUCAACCGCUACAGCGAAAACUCUUUUCUGUGGCAGUUCAGUUGUUGAAGCCAGGGGGUGUGCUAGUUUAUAGCACAUGUACUAUAACAUUGGCAGAAAAUGAAGAACAAGUUGCCUGGGCCCUCAAAAUGUUUCCUUGCCUUCAACUUCAACCCCAGGAACCACAGAUUGGAGGAGAAGGAAUGGUGGGAGCUGGCCUAUCACUUGAACAAUUGAAACAGCUGCAGCGAUUUGAUCCAUCUGUUGUGCCAUUACCGGACACUGACAUUGAUUCUCUCAGAGAUGCCAGAAUAGAAGACAUGAUUUGGCUGGCAAAUAAGGAUUGUAUAGGAUUUUUUAUUGCAAAAUUUCAAAAAUGCAAAAGCACAUUGGAAAAGGAUCUACCGAAAUGAAAAUUCCAAACAUUUGCUGUUGUUGGGUAUUUUUUUUCCCCCCUUAGAUUGUUGUCAAGCCAACUGAAUGAUGUCCUGGUAGCUAUGGUAACAGAGAAAGCUGCCAGCAGUUUAACCAGAGAUCUGAGAAAGAAAAAGUAUGUGUGUUGGGGGAG